AUGCAGGUGGCAUUUCUCAAAGACACAAUUGCAAAGAAAGAUGAGGAGAUUGAGAGGUUGCAGCUGGUUAAAGAUCUCAAAAAUGUGUAUCAGGGUGUCAAUGACGAAAAACGUGGAACAAACUCCUUGAGGUAUGGGUCUUCCUCUCCAAGCAAAAGUUCCAUAGGUGGAACUCCUCAACGAAGCUUAAAAUUGUCUGGUGGGAAGGGCUCAGGAAUGGUUGAGAAAACAGCUUCUGAUCAGGACAACUGCUCAGACAAUAGUGAUAAGCUAUCUGCAACUAGUUCCCAGCAAUCUAUAGGUCAGAAUUUUUCUGUUGAUGCUGAGAUCUUAGGAUUUGAUGAUGCAGAAAAUGAGGAGAGACUGAGUGACAUAUCUGAUGGUGGUCUUUCUGUGGGAACAGACACUGAUGGCUCUGUAGAAAGCAAUCUUUUCCCUGAAGGAACAAAACAAUCAGAGAGCACAGAUAAUAAGCCUAAAUCAGCAUCUAGAAUUCCUCGACCGCCACCAAAAUCACCAAAGGACCCUGUAAAGGGUUCAAUAGGUAUGAAAAAAUCAGCCAGUGGAAGCAAUAUAUCAACCAGGUCUUCCAAGAGGUGGCAAUAG